CAACAUACUUGAUAUUAAAAUCAAAUCUAGUAUAUAAAACCUUGCACAAAUUUCCCAGUCUUAAAUCGAUGGUAUCAAAAGCUGUGUAUAUACGUAAACAGAAGUCGAUGUGGAGUAUGUUUAUAAAGCCUGGGGAUGGCAUAGACCUUCCUUGUACAACUGUUUUAUCAAGGCUGUUUGAUAUACAUGUAUUUACCAGCUGGGUCUUUAACCUUAUGAUCUGAUUAACACAUACGUAUAUGCAUGUUGUUAAUUUAAAACUAUAGGAUUAACCACAAAGCACUCCAUAUUUUGCAUGCCGUUGAUCACACCCACGAGUCAUCUAGUGCUAACGUUCGUGGUCUCAUGAAGUCGAAACUCAGCAUCUUACAAGUAUGGAUUUUAUUUUUACAGAUGGAUUAAGAGGACGUAGUUUAUCCAAACCAGUCCUGGACAAAGAGGAUGAUGGGGACUUAGAUUCAGUUAUGGAUUCCGUGAAGACGCCACGGUUACCGGAGAUUCCGAACGUCCUCCACACAGAUCUCUCGCGCUCCGUGUCACAUCUGGGAGGAGUUAGAAAGUUCGUCAUUGAUAACCCCAAGGACCAGGAGCUGAAGAAACGAGAACGGUUAUGGCAGUAUCACAAGAAAAACAGGGGAGCCAUGGUGCGACUGAAGGGACUCAACCGAGUGUUGAGCAAGAGCACGGAGGAAAAGCUCGACAGAAUCGAUACAGAGGGAAAAUCGGAAUCGGACAAUGAAGUGGAGAAAAGUCCACGUGAGGCGAAAAAAAUUCCCAAAAUUCGAGCCAGAUUGAAAAUGGAGUCAAGGAAUUCAAGUGGUGGUUCAAACAGCGAAAACUCAAAGAAAGAAUCAAAGGAGUCAAAUAAAGACACCAGCGUAAAAUAUACGUACUCGUCUGCUUUGACCAUUGGCAACAGUAUAUACUCGCAACUUCGCGGCAAAGAACAAGAAACUUUGGAAUAUUUUCAAAAGGUUCCUGUGGAUAGUGGUAAGACCAAGAGGUCUAUAGUAAAUUCUAUUGACAAACUUCCGGAUCUUAGUUCUGCUUUGACUAAAUUGGGGUAUAUGAAAUUAACAAAAAAUGUAGUGCAUUAUGGUGGCGGGUUCUUUGGUCGCCAUCAGGAUAAACGAUACACGGAACUAAGGAGAUCCAUGUCGUCUAUUGAGAGCUGUAGCAGACCGGAAGUGGUUAGUUAUGACAAUGCUCUUUAUGGUUCUGUGCAUCAUUUGGACUCAAUGGUAGAGGCCUCUAGAAUUAAGUUUGAAACGCCAAGGUCAAUAAAUAAACAGGACAGCAAAAUUAACAAAGAGAAUCAUGUACGGGGGUCUGAGGACAGUCGGAAACUGGAAGAUAAAAAGCCGAAGCCAAAAGCAAGUGACCCUGUGAGAAAGGUUCCCUUUGAGCAACAAGUUUCCUCCAGAGCUACAAAUGUGAGUGAGAAAUCGAAUAAAAAUGAUGUGAGUUUGAAAUCAGAAAAAUAUGAUGCGUGUGUCAAAUCGGACAAAAUUAGUGAAAUAACCCAGGAAAACCAAAAGUGUAAGGGUAUGGAUGACAAGUUACAGAAAGUUAUUCGCCCCGGAUCUGACGUAAGUCUAGACAUUCCAAAGGAUAAGUAUGGACCCUCUUCCCAAGUCCGCGAUGUGAGGUCAAGCAGAUCUCCAUGGCUGUAUGGAGUGAAUCCGUACCGCUGGACAAACAAGAGUGCAAUAACAGACGAGGACCAAUCGUGGGUGGAAUACGCCAUGCAGAACACGGACGUCAUCGACCAGACGGCGUAUGACGGUUUCGCCAGAACCAAAUCACAUAAACCUUGAAGACACACCCAUCAAGCAAACUGGGUUUUUUCUCUCUGAUAUAUUUAUUAAUGACAAAUACUCAUGAUUUUUGUGGCAAAAGAGUCAUCGUCAUAUUACAAAAACCCUUCAACAUUACGUCAAAAAUCGAAUUGUAACUACAUUUGUAUAACAACACGGGCUUCGAAUUUAUUUUGAUUUUGCCAUCGCUUUGUUAUAAGGUGCAAGUGGUCUUCUUUUCUUGUAGUGUGUAUCUCAACGAUUUUUAAGUGACUAUUGUCGCAUGUCUAGCAAACCCAUCGUUGGUAAUCACGUUUUUUACCAAUCAAUUUAAUUCUCUCUCUCUCUCUCUCUCUCUCUCUCUCUCUCUCUCUCUCUUGUGCAUUUGAACCUCAACCCGUGGUUUGCAAUGAUGUGCAAAGCGAAUAUCAGCAAUAAAUGUUUUUAUGUUUAUAUAAUGAAAUGUAACAUAACAAUAAACAAACGAUUUCUAUCU